AUGGGGGCUUUUGGUGUUGCUUUGAGUGAAGUCUUGGCUGCCUGGAAAUACUUCCUUCUGGAUAACCUCCAGCUAUCCCACAACGAUAUCCCUCUUCCACAAAAUUAUGACCUCAUCCGAAAAAGAAAGAGUUUGGAGAAAUUGGAUCCACUUCCUGUUUGUCCCGCAACUCCAUCCAACAAGGCUGGAAUCUGCAGUCCAAAGAUACAGAGAGUUGUCAGGAGAGUUUUCUGUUCUUAUUUGGGCCUUCUGGUGAAGUCUAAGAAUGACAUGGCUCUCGCAUUCACCCUGGACAACCCAAAUCGCUCUUUGGGUCACAUCGCCUUUACUGACCUUAGGCAUGCUACCUGCAACAGCACCUCAUCUCUCUUCCUGACAGUUACAUCAUUUGUCAGGGCCAUACAGCUGGGAGGAAAGGGUUAUGCCCCACCGGAGUCUCACCCCUUAAGGAAGCACGUAAAGGCCUUAUCAGAGUUUCUCAAUUUUAUCGACCAGUGCCAAGUUUUGGGAGAAACCUCUAAUCCCAGAGAAGCUGGAUUCAAGCUGGUGUCUAGUAUUAGAGCUAGUCUGGUCAAAGGCUGCAGUAAUGGAGACCCAGUGUACCUUGCAGCAGAGGAUACAGGCAAAAGUCUCAAGGAAAGUAUCGGUCAAAAGCGAGAGACUGUGAAGGUUCUAAUGACUCUUUUCGAUGAAGAAGCACUAGCACCGCCCUGCAGGAACAAGGCGGAACUGCUCCCUGAAGAUCAGGCAGUUCUUAAUGGCAGCUCUGGAGCUUGUCUUCUUACCCUUUACAAAUCUCCAGAAGCUCCCACGGGAUCUUCUCCAAAGCCUUUACGGAACCGCGUCUUGAGCCAACAAGAACACAUCAAGUCCAAGAGGCCACUAACUUAAGGCAUGAAGGUCCCAGCCAAUCUGCUCUGGGGGAACAUAGUGGAAAUGCUUGGAACCGAGCAGGUGGGAAGGGGACUCAGCCAGAACAGCUCAGAAGAGCAACUGGGACCUCAAAGAGAAAGCUCGCCAAUAGAGAGUGCACUGAGCAAGGAAAAGAAGAGAAUCAGCCCCUUCAGAAAAGACCCCCUACCAAGACUCCCACUGGAGGGCUGGGGAAAAGGAAUAAAGCUCCCAGCAAGAAGCUUAUCGCUGGUUAGGGCAAACUCACUGGCUUUUUCAGAAUGUAAUUUACUGACCAUUCUCUUGUCAAUUAUGAUGUUCUGCUUUGGCAGUGAAGUUAGGUUUUAUUUAUUAGUAGUCUAAAUGCAUUUAAAGUGAUAACUCACCUGAAAUUAGUAAUUUAUUCACCCACAUGUUGAUCUUAACCUUUUAUUUUUGGGUGAAAUAGUCCUUUAAAUGCUUUCACUGUUCCUUUAAUACAAGUCAAGGCAUCUACUCCAGAUGGCAUGUGUUUGAAUAUAUUUGUGUGUGUGUGUGUGUGUGCAUGUUUGAGAUGCAAGGUAAAGGAUUAUGAGUUGGCAGAGAAAGAACUUUUGUCAUUUUAUUUGAGGUUUGUAUGACCAGGGUACCUUUCAUGAUGAAUGCAUUCACUUCCCCUGGAACAUGACUCAUACUUUGCAGAUUUUAAUACAUUUUUAUUUCAGUUCUUUUUAAAUCAUACAAGUAUGUUUGUCAUCUUUAUAUUUGGAGUGUCUUGCAGGAUCAGGGGAGAGCUGGGAAAAUCAUGCAGGGGCUUUGUCAGCUGCUCUGUUUUCAAGCUUGCCAGCAGGGCCUGUAUACUCUCCCUAUCAUGCACCUCAGUACUGUGAAGAGAACAGGAAGAGCAAAACAGAUUUAGCAUUAAAUGUAACUGGAAGGCUACUUGUUUAUUCACUGGUAUAUUCCCUGCUGAAACAAAGAUUAAAUCAACCUAAGCUGCUUUGCUGGUCUGAUUUGCCAGUUGUAGAGGAGCUUUGAACACUCUUCAGUUAGGAGACCAGGUAAGACCAGCAAACCAUCUUAGUCUGGCUCUAUUUCUGGUAAUCGUUCUGGUUUUGUUUUUCAGAAAGUUAGGGAUGUCAGUUUUUUUUUUUUUUAAACCCUUGUUUUCUAAUAAGGUUUCUUCUCAGUUUGGUAAUGUCCCAUUUUUAAUCCAUCCAUCCCUUUUUCAAACCACAGUGAUACUGGAGACUAUCCCAGCAUCUUGGGCCAUUCCCUUGGGCAGGGAAAUGGCCUGGAUGGAUGGCCAGUCCAUCACUGGGUAAAUUGUUCUUAGAAUGUUAACUAUAAAAAUAUGUCAAAUUAUUUAAAACUUAGUCUUCAAGUUUCCUCAAGCAUAUCAGGCUACUGUCAUGUCUAUGUAAAAAUAUAUAUAAAGAAGAUGGAAAGAAGAAGAUGAGAAAGCAGUGCUUACUGUCUAUAU